UUCUUAAGCCCUGUGACGCGCGCCGUGGCGAGUCUCCGCUCCUGCCUGAGGCGCCGUGAGGAGUUGUAGGAUCCUCUGAAGACUCUCCUUGGAUCUCAGGUUAAAAUCUGUAUUCUGGUGUGAACCGUGGGAAGAAGGAAGAUUGGUCUCUCUCUCUGGCUGUAGAAGGACACGAUGUUUUCCAAACUAGCCUGCUUGCAGACUGUCGCCGUGCUCCGCAGAGGUGUUCAUUCUUCACUGGCCUCUGCCACGUCUGUCGCCGCGAAAAAGACCGUCCAGGGCCCGCCGUCCUCGGAGUACAUCUUUGAGCGAGAGUCCAAGUACGGCGCACACAACUACCACCCCCUGCCCGUGGCCCUGGAGCGGGGAAAGGGUGUCUACGUGUGGGAUGUGGAAGGCAGGAAAUACUUUGACUUCCUGAGUGCUUACAGUGCUGUCAACCAAGGGCACUGUCACCCCAAGAUCGUGAGUGCCCUGAAGGUGCAGGCGGACAAGCUGACCUUGACGUCCAGGGCUUUCUAUAACGACGUCCUUGGUGAAUAUGAGGAGUAUGUAACGAAGCUCUUCAACUACCACAAAGUUCUUCCCAUGAACACAGGGGUGGAGGCUGGAGAGACUGCCUGUAAGAUUGCUCGGCGCUGGGGCUACACGGUGAAGGGGAUUCAGAAGUACAAAGCCAAGAUUGUCUUCGCAGCUGGAAACUUCUGGGGUCGGACACUGUCCGCCAUCUCUGCCUCCACGGACCCCUCCAGCUACGAUGGCUUCGGGCCGUUCAUGCCAGGCUUUGAGGUCAUUCCCUACAACGACCUGCCUGCCCUUGAGCGCGCCCUGCAGGACCCUAAUGUUGCCGCAUUCAUGGUGGAGCCCAUUCAGGGCGAAGCAGGUGUCGUGGUUCCGGACCCCGGUUACCUGGUGGGCGUGCGGGAGCUGUGCACCAGGCACCAGGUCCUGUUUAUUGCUGAUGAAAUUCAAACAGGCCUGGCCAGGACCGGUCGGUGGCUGGCUGUGGACUACGAAGACGUGAGGCCUGACAUUGUGCUCCUGGGGAAGGCCCUGUCUGGUGGCUUAUACCCUGUGUCUGCGGUGCUGUGUGAUGACGACAUCAUGCUGACCAUCAAGCCUGGGGAGCACGGCUCCACGUACGGGGGCAACCCGCUCGCCUGCCGCGUGGCCAUCGCAGCGCUCGAGGUUUUGGAAGAAGAGAAUCUUGCAGCCAACGCGGACCAGAUGGGUGCCCUCCUGAGAAAUGAGCUCAUGAAGCUGCCUUCCGACAUCGUGACUGCCGUGAGAGGGAAGGGCUUACUGAACGCCAUCGUUAUUAGAGACACCAAAGAUUAUGAUGCCUGGAAGGUGUGUCUGCGGCUUCGAGACAACGGGCUUCUGGCCAAGCCGACCCACGGCGACAUCAUCAGGCUUGCGCCGCCCCUGGUGAUCAAGGAGGACGAGAUUCAGGAGGCGGUGGAGAUCAUCAACAAGACCAUCCUGUCCUUCUGAGGUGCCACGUGCCACGCUGUCCCCGAGCCGGCAGGGGCCAGGACGGCUGUGCCACGGCGCCGGCGUUCCACUCCGUGUGUGCUCAAAGACUGCGGAAUGCGUGUGUUUCGGUGUUUUCUAGCUGGCAGGCUGACGUGCGUGAACUUGCAGUUUGCUGUGCAUCUGAGGAUGCUGUGGUCUACAGUCGGCUAGGUGUCCGCGCAUGCACUUUGUAAGGCGGAAUGUAGGUGGCCUUGACUCAAGUCCUUUUCAUAAUUUAUAUACGUUUUUACAACUUGUCGGCUGGUACAGAUGUUUUCUGUAUGAGAAAGGGGUCCCUGGAGUGUUGCGUGGAACUUGCCCCAUGUGUUGUGUGGACUCCAUGCAGGAAGGGUUGGUGACGGGCCCUGGCUUUCCAGCAGUCCGCUUCUGGAAACUGCGGCUGGCCGACAGCAGACUGUUCUGUCAGCAUCCUGGGCUUCAGUGUGAAGAAUCAGUCCUGAGUUACACUCAUGCUUGGUUACUCUGUAACAACACAUUUUUUUCCCCCAGCAUUUCUUUACAUUUACAAUAAAGCUUACCUGUAA